UAAGGGUCUCAUCAGUAGUGAUGGGGACGCUGAUAGUGAGCUCCCAUCGCUGGAGGAGGCCAGGGCGCUGGCGAAGGGCGGAGGGGCGGUCGCGCCCGAGGGCUCCCGGCGCCGGCUCCCGCACAGCCCGAGGCGGAGCUGUCCUCUCGGCCGCCGCAGGCUCGGCCCCAGCGCCCUCGUGGUCGGGGCUGCGCCCCUCUGCGGACGCUCGGAGACCCUCCACCGCCGGCUGUGCGCGUUGGCGGCAUGGCGCUGGGGGCGGCGGCGCCGGGGCUGGAGGUGCCCCCGCAACACGAGCAGAUUUCUCACACAAAACUUUCUGCGGAUGAUGAGUGGAACCUGCAGCAGGAGAGGAUGUACAGGAUGCACCGGGGCCAUGAGUCCAUGCACGUGGAGAUGAUCUUGAUCUUCCUCUGCGCCCUGGUCAUCGCCCAGAUCGUGCUGGUGCAGUGGAGACAGAGGCACGGCCGGUCCUACAACCUGGUGACCCUGUUGCAGAUGUGGGUUGUCCCUUUGUAUUUCACGAUAAAACUGUACUGGUGGCGGUUUCUGUCUAUGUGGGGAAUGUUCUCAGUCAUUACCAGUUACAUCGUCUUCAGAGCUACCCGAAAACCCCUGUCAGGGAGAACACCACGAUUGGUCUACAAAUGGUUUCUUCUGAUCUACAAACUCAGCUAUGCAUUUGGUGUUGUGGGUUAUUUGGCCAUCAUGUUUACAAUGUGUGGAUUCAAUUUAUUUUUCAAAAUCAAAGCUAGAGAUUCCAUGGAUUUUGGCAUCGUGUCCUUGUUCUAUGGCCUCUACUAUGGCGUGAUGGGAAGAGACUUUGCAGAGAUCUGCUCCGAUUACAUGGCUUCUACUAUAGGGUUCUACAGCAUCAGUGGGAUGCCCACAAGGAGCUUGUCAGACAAUAUCUGCGCCGUCUGUGGGCAGAAGAUCAUUGUGGAGCUCAAUGAAGAAGGACUCAUUGAAAACACCUACCAGCUUUCCUGCAAUCAUGUCUUUCAUGAAUUCUGCAUCCGAGGUUGGUGUAUUGUUGGUAAAAAGCAGACUUGCCCUUACUGCAAAGAGAAGGUUGAUUUGAAGAGGAUGAUCAGUAACCCCUGGGAGCGCACACGCUUUUUGUAUGGACAAAUCCUGGAUUGGCUUCGUUAUUUGGUGGCCUGGCAACCCGUGGUGAUAGGAAUAGUUCAAGGCAUUAACUAUUCUCUAGGGCUGGAAUAGUACAGCUGACUUGCCCCAGAAGCAAUGUAUUGCAUGUUGAAAUAUUUUUAAAUCCUUGAUCCUACAUUUAAUAUUAAUAUUCUUUUUUUAAUUUUAGAGAUGAUCCCAAGAGUUUAGAGAAGUGAAUAAAAUUUGGUCUCUUACAUAGGCAAUUUGUCUAUGUGGAGAGAAUUUAAAGGGAAGUUGAACAAUGCAAUAAACAAAGCAUGCUUUGCAUCUUUCCCAUUUCAAUUGUUUUCUAAUCCAUGCCUGCAACACAUGUGUUAACAGCCCACCACAGACAUCCCACCUCUAGUUUGGCUGACGAUGAUCUCAUCUGUAAAGUGUUUCAGAGGUUUGCAAAGUACUUCUUACAUACACAAUGUAGUUAGAACUAAUACCUUCUGAUCAGUUCAACGUCUUCAAAGAAGUAGGCAGAGUUGUUAAGUAAUCUGUGGUUUAAGGAUGUGGUCUUUUCUGUUCUUUGUACUUGUCACCAAGUGGCAGCUUUGGCACCACAAAGCUCUUCUAUAUGGAGAGGGUUACUCCCAAAACCUUCAGCACAAGGUGCCACAGCCCACUCAGUGGGCCACAGCUACACUGGCGAUGCUGGGCCUGCCAAAUGCUCUCAACCCACCCAAGGGCUGCACUAAAGUGGGGAGAAUCACUCUCUUCUUUUGUGCCACUCUGUUCACAUAUGCACACAUACACGUGCACACACACAUGCACACACACACGCACACUCUAUUGCCAUGCUCUGCUUUUAUUGUCUCAGAGCACUUAUCAAUACCUGCAAUCAUAUCAUGGAUUUAUUUGUUUCCUGUUUAUUUUUUGUCUUCCCCUCCAUGAAGGCAGAGAAUGUUAUCAGUUUUCUUCCUUACUGUAUCUCUAGCACUUGGAGCAAUGCCUGGCACGUAACAGGCACUCAGUGAAUAUUUGUUGAAAGAACGAAUUAAUCCAGGAGGAGGGAACAAAAUGAACAAAAUGGGGAAGGCCAGUCAGAAAGAAUUAACCCAAGAUAUGUUGGACUCCCAAAAUUAAUUCAUUUUAAAUUUAUCAGUCAUUUCUUAAACAGCCAACACCAUCUACAGAACACCAGACAUCUACUCUGCAAUGCCUGAAGACAUCACACUUGUAUGAAGCAAAAGGGAAACACAUCUAUUGCUAAAAAUAUCGGCAAAGGAUCUAACUUAAUGUUAUUCAGAGUUCCAUCAUAGUUGUAACAAAGAAAACUCACACACAGAUUUCUACCUGUUGGUAGUUUUCCUUCCUGAAACUGCCCAGUGCUUCAGCAUUACGAUUGGUUCACCAUCAUGAUUAUUAGAAGAUUUGACUCUGGUUUAUUUCCCUACUCAGCAAACGUUCAACAACUCAAUUCUUAUUACAUACCAGGCAUGUGCAAGGGUUAAAGAGAGAAAACAAGAUUGAGUUUAUAGUCUAUUGACAAAUAAAAGCCCUCACAUUUGGAUAAAGCACUAACUAAAUAUUAGUUUUUCUUCUGUAAAAGAAGGAGUCCUUAAAUUGACCUCUGAUGUAUUUGCUUUUUUCUUUUAUGGACAGCUGCCUGAGGGUAGCUGUUAGAACCCUAUGAAGUCUGGGCAAGUCAACCAGUAUGUAUCUGCAUGGAAUCCUGAAUGACCCUGAGAGUUCAGAGAUGUUAGAUAAUAAUAAUUAAACAAUCCCAGGAAAAAAAAGAUGCUAUUUUCUUUAUAUGGUUUAAGUAUUUGAAAUCCAAUCCCAAUUUUGUGAAGAUAUAUAUAGAGAGAAAAAAAUAAAAUACUGGAGAGCUAUACACUACCCAGUUGCCAGUGUUUACCCCAAGGUAAAGGGAUAAGAGCUGAUUCUUAUCUUUUAUAUGUUUUCAUCUCUUUUCCAAAAUUCCUACAGUGAACAUGUUUAACAUUUACAAUGCGAAAAAUAAAGUCUUCUUUUAAAAUAUU